CGAAUUCGUCACGUCAAUAUCAUCUACUUCUUGGAGGAUGACACAAUGUGCAUCAUUGAGCCUUCAGUGGAUAAUGCUGGAUUUCAGCAGGGGAAACUCGUUCGAAGGGGUAAAAUCCCCAAGGAUGAUCUAGGAAGAUUCUACCACUGGAAGGAUCUCAACGUUGGGAUCGAUAUUCCAAUUUACGGUGUUGUUUACCACACGGUGGAGUGUGAUGUCUUCACUGAAGAAUAUUUGCGGAGUCAGGGGAUAGAUCCUGGUGACAGAGAACAAUCGCCCCCGGAUUCUUACACUCAAGACCGUUUAGCGAAAUUAGCGGCGAGUAAGGCGCCGGUGAAUUCGAAAAAAUCGAGACCACAGGAUGACCCUCGAAGACGGUUUUUAGAGUUCGAUGGAAUGGUUCUGUCAUUCGACGCCACUUGGAAUGGGGAUUUUUAUCAAAUAAUGUAUUUUCUCACUGAUGACACGAUUGCAGUCAAGGAGAUACGCAGGCCUAAUUCUGGGAAGGAUCCUAAUAGUAUGCUUCUGAAAAAAACUAAAAUCCCGAAAAAUUGGACGGAUUUACCUGUGUGGUACCCCUCGAUUUACCUGGAGAGGAGCGAUGAGGAGGUCGUGGAGUACUACUGUCCACUGGAUCUAAAGAAAUUUUUAUAAUUCCACAGGUAGGAGAAACGAUAUUCAUUUUUGGUCGUCGCUUCCUGCUUUUCGAUUGCG